ACAUCGGGCAGGAGGAGCCGGAGCCCAGCGCCGGGGGAGACGGGGACGCAGCCGCCGGCGACAGCCGCCCGCCCUCUCUCCCUCCAUCCCCGCCGGGCGGUGCUCCGGGAGACGCGGCAUGAAGGUGUAUGACUUUUGAAGUGGUCCCCUCUCGCUAAUCAGUCUGAAACACGAGGCACACCAUGCAUUCCCCAUCAACCAUCUAGCAGUACAAAUUAAUUAUUGAUCAGCUAGAUUGUAAGCUCUUUGAGGCAGAAGCUGUGCAUAGCUGUGGUCUGUACCUGUCCUGAUGGAGGAAUUUGGCUCAGGCCUUCCUCUGAGUCAAGGACCAAGCUUAGAAACACAGAUGGUGGAAGAUGAAACUGAGACAAGAAGUGAAGAAUUGCCUCCUCAUCUGCGGGAAGAGCCUCCCGAAGAUGCCAGCAAGGACCAUCCGCAGCAGCAGGCAGGGGUGAUCUGGAGAGUGACCGGCGGCCUGUUCAGUAUCACCCGGGGAGCGGUGGGGGCCACUCUGGGAGGAGUUGCCUGGGUGGGCAGCAAGAGCCUGGAGCUCACCAAAACAGCUGUGACCAGCGUGCCCGCGGCUGGCGUCGGACUGGUGAAGGGCAGCGUCUCGGCGGUGACCGGCGGCGUCGGCGCCGUGGGCAGCGCGGUCGCCGGCAAAGUCCCUUUCACUGCAAAGAAGAAGGACAAGGCUGACUAAUCCCCACCACGGCCCCCUUCCACAAGAUCGACCUGCCCAUACUGUCCCCCUACACAGCACCUCUUUGAGUUGGAACCAGCCGCUUCAGGGAGGGUCAAGCACCCCAGCAGACUCCGGCUGCAGCCUGCUCAGCACCGCCUGCCUGGCUCAGAGCUCACAGAGCCGCUGUCAAUGCCUUUCACUCCCAUCACCUACUGGGAACCACCUUUACUCUGAGGACUUUAAAGGCAUCAUUGUCUCUGUCUUUCAGUUUCCUUCUUCCCUUCUUGCUCUUGUAGGCACAGGGGAUGGGAGAGGAGGGUAUCCAUCUACCUGGAGGUGGGCAGGAGUAACAGGGGAGGGGGGAAGAAUUUUCCUGGCUUGAAGUGUGGGUUGUGUAGUCAAAUUCAACUUCAACUGGGAGGACAGUCUGUGAAACACUCCUUCCCUUGGCUCUGGGAGGUGUGUUUUGGGGGUCUGCCUGGUAAAGAACUGUAGAAAAAGGUCCCAUUGACACAAAGGAGAGAUACUGUGAAGAGGAGGAAGCCUCUCUCCUGCCCUGCACCUCUUACUUUUUCUUUGCAGGCCCCAUCCCACGAGCUGCUCCAAAUCACUUUCUCCCUGGCUGAAUUGCACCCUUCAGAGAAGGAUCCCUCAAGCUCAGCAGAGCAGGUCUGGGGAUGAUGCCACACAAGAAUAUGGUAUGUGCUGGGCCAUCAACUUCUGCACAGAGUUUCUCGGUGAGAGGCAGGAGAGUGAAAGCUGCUGUACGUUCCCAUUUGGGGAGGGAGGUGAGAGUGGCAUCUGCCAGGCUUCUGUGAUACUGCAGCACAGGUAGUGAUGCUCCACAGAGAGACACAGGCCUUUGGGUUUGAGCCUUGAAGCAUUUGCAGUAUCCCCAUCUGCAGCAGGGGCAUUUUGACUCUGGGCCACACUCUCGUUCUCAGACAUCACUGAUAACCACAAGCAAGCAUGUUCCCAAAUGCCACCCAAGUUCUGCCACGGGGAAGGAGGCCAAGAGCAUUGCUCCCCCUGUGACUCAGCACCCCAGGAGCUGUGGCUGGGGUGUGAGAGGACUGUUGCUGUGUUGGAGAAUGCUUCCCUGAGGUGCUGAGCAUGCUCCAGCAGCAGCCAGCCUGCACGGGGACACCAGCAGCUCCUCCUCCACAUGCUGCUCCUGGGGCUGCUCUAAAUGACUGUGUUGCACUAAAGAGGCCACCCACGCUUGCUGUGCCGCAGAAACCCAGACACCUGCAUCCAUCUGGGACUCUCAGCCAUCCUCAGCCUGGCCUGUGAUGCUCAAGGGGCCAUGUGGCAUCACACACACACAGUUGCACACACACAGACACUCACCCCCAGGUCCCCUGUGACCCUCAGGAUGAGGAAAGCCACAAGCUCCAGCACUGACUCCCCUGCUCCCGGCUUUGCCAGGUGGUUAGCCUGGGUGGUUAGGUGUUGGAUGCAUAGCCAAGUGCAGCAGUGCUUGUGCUGUAGCUGGUAAAUGUGUCUGUGUUAGUGUGUGUCUGUAUCAGCCCACGGGCAUGUCUUCAGCCAGGGAAGCAAAACUGUGCCACUGCCCCAGAGGAGCUUGCAGGCUCAUCCUCAGCACUUCCAGCUUCUAGGGUUUUUUUAAUAUGGUAGGAUCCUGGUCAAAACAAAAAUCAAGUUGUAGAGGAUGCUUCCCCCUCUGUUGCCCAAGAGUGUAGUUUAUUGAAACCAAAGGAAUAUGAAAAUUCAUUCCCCCCUCUCCCAUCUAUGCUGUUUGUUUACCUUCUGCCCUAUCUCUUGGACAUCGAAGCCAACUUCCUCGAUCUUCAUUUCCUUUGGAGGUCAUCGCACUUCCUGGCUGCUCUCUUGUGCUUAGGACUCAGACAUCAGGGAAUAUUUAAGUACACCACCA